CCUAACUCCUUAUCGCUAACAGGUUGUGUUUAGUCCCCAUGAUGCACGGGGCUUGUGACUGUGUUUCCAUAGCAACUGCACGUGAUGUCACAGGCAUGACGACUGAGCCUUUGCUUGUUCCCAGGCAGGGCCCUGAAUGUCUGUGUGGGAGGUGAAUACAAAGGCAAACUGAAUGGAGAACAGAGCUUGGAGACCCAGACCCACAAUAUACAGGAUUUAUUCCAUGAAAUCUGCUGCUUUAUCUGUCUAGUGAAUAAUGGAUUGUGGAUUCAAAAACUCCAUGCUAUUGGCAUUCCUGCCAUUAAACCCACAGGUGCCCAAUUGAGAUCUCACCUAAUCUCCCUCCUAAUGCCAUUGAAUUAGUAAACUCAGAAGCAGCAGCCCUCCCCCAACUCUCCACCCGACGGAAUAAAUGCCGUGUAUCACCCACCCAGCCUGGAGCCUCUGGGAAGCUGCCAACUCCCAGCCAGGAGAGCAAAAUGUCCUGGUUUAGCGGUAUCCUGGUCCCCAAAGUGGACGAACGAAAGACAGCAUGGGGGGAGCGCAACGGGAAGAAGGGAAAGCGAAAAAACAACUCUUUAUGUGGUCCCAGAUAUAUGAGCUGCCUUCAGGACCCUGAAAUGGACAGAAACAACCGCAACAACUUCAGCCUCCGUUGCACCUGGCAGGAGGACCAUUAUGGCAAGAAAGGGGCAGGUGGUGACCUUGGACUCAAAUCUGUGGCCCUUGGAUUUGAGGAUGGGGAGGUUAAGGGCUCCAAAAUGGGAUCAAUUGAAGUGGUGGGCACCGAGGAUAGUGAACAAAACUUGACUCCUGGAGAGUGCUGGGUACGAUUUUUACAAGUGUUCCAGUCAAAGAAAUUCCAGUCUACUAAACUGGAGAGACUAUACCAACGUUACUUCUUCCAGAUGAAUCAGAGUAGUCUGACUAUGCUAAUGGGAGCCCUUGUACUGGUUUGCCUGGUCAUGCUGAUCUUUCAUUGUACUCAUGGGGAACCCCAGGUAGUCUACGUAUCUGUCCUUGCUGUUGCUAUGGCUCUGUUUUUGUCACUUAUGGUGGUGUGUAAUCGCAAUGGCUUUCACCAGGACUACAUGUGGAUAGUAAGCUACCUUGUGAUAGCAGUCCUGUUUGCUGUGCAGGUUCUUGGGGUUCUCAUGGUGACCCCACGUAGUGCCUCCGAAGGAAUCUGGUGGAGUGUAUUCUUUAUCUAUAUUAUCUAUACCCUGCUUCCUGUGCGCAUGAGGGCAGCCGUUCUGAGUGGACUAAUUCUGUCCUCCUUACACCUUAUCAUCUCAUGGAGGCUCAACCUGACAGAUGUUUUCCUUUGGAAACAGCUCAGUGCCAACGUGCUGAUCUUCCUGUGUACAAACAUCAUUGGCAUUUGCACUCAUUACCCAGCGGAGGUGUCCCAAAGGCAAGCCUUUCAGGAAACAAGAGGAUACAUCCAGGCUAGGCUGCACCUACAGAGAGAGAACCAGCAGCAGGAGCGACUCUUGCUCUCUGUCUUACCACGCCAUGUGGCCAUGGAGAUGAAGGAAGACAUCAACACCAAGAAGGAGGACAUGAUGUUCCACAAAAUCUACAUUCAGAAACAUGACAAUGUUAGUAUCCUGUUUGCAGACAUUGAAGGGUUUACUAGCCUUGCAUCCCAGUGCACAGCACAAGAACUGGUCAUGACACUGAAUGAGCUCUUUGCCCGAUUUGACAAGCUGGCAGCAGAAAAUCACUGCCUGAGAAUAAAGAUUUUGGGAGACUGUUACUAUUGUGUCUCUGGGUUACCUGAAGCUCGUGCGGAUCAUGCUCACUGCUGUGUUGAGAUGGGAGUGGACAUGAUUGAAGCCAUUUCGCUGGUACGAGAGGUUACUGGUGUUAAUGUCAAUAUGCGUGUGGGGAUUCACAGCGGCCGUGUUCAUUGUGGGGUCCUUGGUCUGCGCAAAUGGCAGUUUGAUGUGUGGUCUAAUGAUGUUACACUGGCCAAUCACAUGGAAGCUGGUGGGAAAGCUGGGAGAAUACACAUUACAAGUGCAACGCUAAAAUACCUAAAUGGAGAUUAUGAAGUUGAGCCAGGUAAUGGGGGUGAGAGGAACGCAUACCUAAAGGAGAAUGACAUAAAGACCUUCCUCGUGACAGGAUGCAGUCAAAAAAGGAAAGAAGAGAAAGCGAUGAUGGCAAGGCUACAGAGGGCAAGGGCCAACUCCAAUGAAGGUCUAACACGUGUCUGGGUGCCUGAGCGAUCCUUCCCACGCAAUAAAGGCUCCAAAGCAUUCCGACAAAUGGGGAUUGAUGAAUCAAGCAAAGACAACAGAAACACGCAGGAAGCACUAAACCCCGAGGAUGAAGUUGAUGAAUUUUUAGCUAGAGCAAUAGAUGCUCGUAGUAUCGAUCAACUUCGAAAAGACCAUGUCAAGAAAUUCCUCCUCACCUUCCAGACGCCAGACUUGGAGAAAAAGUACUCCAAGAAGGUGGAUGACCGGUUUGGUGGCUAUGUGACCUGCACCCUGCUUGUUUUCUGCUUUAUUUGUUUUAUCCAGAUAGUGAUCUUUCCUCAUUCGUUCCUCAUGCUUGGGGUCUACACCAGCGUCUUUAUCAUUUUGGCCAGUAUACUCUUUGUCUGUGCCAUAUACUCGUGUAUAAAGCUCUUUCCAGCAGCGCUGCAGGGAGUUUCUCGGAAGAUUGUGCAAUCAAGAACCAAUAGCACCUUUAUUGGGAUCUUAACCAUCCUGUUGGUGUUCAUAUCGGCCUUUGUUAACAUGUUUGCCUGUAAUCACAGGAGCCUCACUGACUGCGCAGGUCAAGAAUUGAAUAUUAGUUACAAAUUUGUCAAUGUCUGUCACCUCAGAAUGCUCAACUACAGCCUAAGUAUGGAUUCUCCUCCAUGUGACUCUGACAAACCCUUGUGCAGCUUCCCUGAGUAUUUCAACUACAGCAUACUGCUGAGCCUGCUGGCCUGUUCCGUCUUCUUGCAGAUCAGCAGCAUUGGGAAGCUGGCGCUUAUGCUCUUCAUUCAGAUUCUGUACAUUAUCAUCGUUGAGGGACCUGAGGUUGUUCUCUUUGACAACUAUGAUCUGCUCGUGACAGUUAAUGCACUACCCAUUAAUGGAACUGGGGACAUUGAAGAAUGCUCUCCCAGCAGUAAAAUAGCUCUGAAAUACGUGACUCCUGUCAUCUUGACUGUGUUUGUUCUGGCGCUGUAUCUCCACGCCCAGCAAGUGGAGUCCACGGCAAGACUUGACUUCUUGUGGAAACUGCAGGCCACAGGAGAGAAGGAAGAAAUGGAACAACUGCAAGCCUAUAACAGGCGUCUCCUUCACAACAUCCUCCCAAAAGAUGUGGCCGCUCACUUUCUGGCCCGAGAACACAGGAAUGACGAAUUGUAUUACCAGUCCUGUGAAUGUGUGGCGGUCAUGUUUGCCUCCAUCUGUAACUUUUCUGAGUUUUAUGUGGAGCUAGAAGCCAACAACGAGGGGGUUGAGUGUCUGCGUCUGCUGAACGAGAUCAUUGCUGACUUUGAUGAGAUUAUCAGCGAAGAAAAAUUCAAGCAGCUAGAAAAGAUUAAGACUAUCGGUAGCACUUACAUGGCAGCAUCGGGUCUUAAUGACACCACAUAUGAUAAAGAAGGAAAGACUCACAUUACUGCCCUUGCAGACUAUGCCAUGAAGCUCAGGGAGCAGAUGAAGUACAUAAACGAACACUCCUUCAAUAACUUUCAGAUGAAAAUAGGGUUGAAUAUCGGGCCUGUAGUUGCUGGAGUUAUUGGAGCACGAAAACCUCAGUAUGACAUUUGGGGGAACACUGUGAAUGUAGCUAGUCGCAUGGACAGCACUGGGUUACCAGACUGCAUACAGGUUACAACUGAUUUAUACCAGGUCCUGGCAGCCAAAGGUUACCAAAUGGACUGCCGUGGGGUAAUAAAGGUCAAAGGGAAAGGAGAAAUGACCACCUACUUCCUCAAUGAUGGACCAGUCAGCAGUUAGCAGGAAGCUCUACUUUUAGGGGCAGAAAGAACAAGAAGCCUCCUCCUUUCCCAAAUGCAGAGUAACCAGAACAAUAAGGAAGCUACCUACAUCCCCAGCAGCAGUUGGGUGCGAUGGGGCCUGGGCGGUGCCAAAGUCCCGCACCUGAGACAUAGAGCUUGGCAGUGGCGUGUUUGUUUGGUGCUGUGAUCACUGACAGUGCUGUCCUGACACAGAGCUCUAUCCUGUCCAGGAGACAGACUCAACUGUAUUAUGAAAGCACAGAGAAGCAGCUUUCACCCUGGCACUUACAAUAAUAAUAAUGCUCACUGGCGGUACUUGCAAGUUAUUUAUUGUGAACAAGACAUUUUAUUAUUCUAUUUUUCUUUUUAUGUCUUUUUAAUUGCCUUGGGUUAAACAAAGCAAGAGAGAGUUUUAAAAUAUACAUGGUACGUGUUUUAAACAAGAAGCUUCUCUAAGAACUGACCAAAGAGACUGAAGUGCAGGCCUCAGCAAGGAAUAUGAGGGCAUUGCCUUGUACGUCUUCAUGCGCUGUAUUUUUUCUCUUGUUCACUGACUAACCUGUCUCCAGGUGCGGGUGAAAAAAAAUCUCUUCAAGGUCCCAGCAGCACCUGCAGGGCCUUCAAAGGGAAACAAAAAUUCAGCAAGUCAGUAAAUACCUCCCAUUCUCUUGCCGUCCCUUACCCAAAUAGCUCCUACUUGCUUCACUGUUCUGGAAUGAGAACGACCUGCUGAAAGGAGCAGUUUGUGACUCCGGAGAGUUACAGCCCAUUGAAUUCUGGGCUAUUUCAUCGAACUUAUCUACUCCCACUUUGAAAUCAUACGACAGAGGCUUUGAGAUCCCUGCUGGAUUAUGGUAUAAUUGCAGGUGGAACCAUAUUGUGAAAAGAGACAUCAGCAGUCUCUGCCUUUUUAUCUUUUCUCUCUCGACAGCUCCCGAUUCAAAGGAAUUCUUUGAGCAGAAGCAGGAGGUCAAGCAGUUUUCUGCGUCCUUACUUAGUGACGCAUGAAGUCUUUUUUUCACUGUGAAACUGGUGUUCUCUUCUCAUUUGCCAAAUUACAUCUGACCUGCAAAUCAGAAGUUCAUCAUCAUUUUGAUAACAGGGAUCUAGGCCUUUCAGACGCUGUGUAAACAGCAUUAGGUACUACUUGGCCUUUGACUUCCUUGGACUGCAAGAAGGAUCUAAUGCCUUAAUCCCUUACUUGUAGCUGUGGUUCACUAUUAGUGUUACAUAACCAUAAAAUGGUUAAUAAGACACUAACACUUUUUGAGGAUAACACUAUGUUACUUAAGGCAAGUUUUGGAAUUAUUUAAGAGUUGUCGAAGAAAGAUUUAACUGCAAAAAAUAUUGUUUGACAAUGAGUUGCAUGGCCAUGGCAAGAUAAAUGGAUAACACAAGACAAAAUGUCAUCUCCAGCAGUGCUUAAGACAACUGGCACUUAGAGGAAAGAAAUUAACUCCAAAGAGUUGAGCCUCAAAUAUUAGAAAGAUCAGUGAUGAACCUCUCUUGCUUCCUGCCAGAUCCUCCACAUGAGACCAGCAAGCACAGUGGUUACAGUGGUUACAGGCCUUGUCAGUUUCAUGUUGUUGUCUCAGGCAUUGAUGGUCUUAGUGAUCCAGAGGCCUUUAAAGGGCCUAGCAAAAAUAGAUUCUCGGGGAGUGCAAUUCCAUCUCUGGUGCCAAAGAGAAAACUAAGUUACAAGGAUAUGUGUAUAUAUAAAUAAGUGACACAUAUAAGUGUGUGUGUGUGUAUAUAUAUAUAUAUAUAUAUAUAUAUAUAUAUAUAUUUAUAUACAUAUAUAUAUAUAUAUAUAUAUGUUUGUGUUUAUAAGUUAAACACACACGCAUACAGUAUAUUUAUAUACACACACACACAUAUAUAUAUAUAUAUUGAAAGGGAUGUAUUUUUGUACAUUUGGCUUAAUGCUGUGUCAUUCAGGCUGUAAAGUAAAUAUCACAUUAUUUUCUUGUUUUUCCUCAAAGAAUCUAAGCACGAAAAGUGUUUACGUUGCAAGAACGAAAUUUAAAAUGUAAAAUGUAUUUGAUUUUUUAACUUAUAAAAGCCCCCUUUAAAAUCAGACACGCACCCACUGCAAACACACAGAGGAGUAACCCAAAGUCUAGAGCUCCUUGCAGUAAAAAGGAUGGCUGUAUACCAGGUUAUUAGAGACGAGCAGUGGACCAGUUAUGUGAGACCUGUGCACACAAGAUACAAAUGUAUCCAUGGGCAUGAGGAGGUGAGGAUGAAACAAAAUGCCAGAUAUAGUGAUAUCUACAGAUAAAAGUAUAGGAAUGAAGUGCCUUGGAGUUGGCAACUCUGUUGAAUAAAAGAAAGCAGUAUACUACUUGCCUGCUACCAAAUGAAAAUGGUUAGUUUCUGAUAUUAAAGGACACAGAUCUCCUUUACAGUGCAAAUGGGCUGUAAAUACUUUGUGCUGCCAAUUAUAUUGUUGUUGAAUUCUUAUGAAGCAGAAUAUUACUUCUACCCUACCUGAAAUAAAAAUCACAAAUAGUAUCCCAGUAUGAGAGAUACAAGGCACUGAAGUCCUAUGAUAAUAAAUGAUCUGGUAGAUGAAACCUGAUACAUCCAUAGAAAUAAGUGUGGAAAACAUAAUUGAAUUAGCACCCUACCCUGGCAGAAUGAUACACUGAUUCUUUGCAAACCUUAUUUAUUGGUUGCAACAUCUAAAUAUAUCAAUUUGUUAGAACCAACAAUAAUACAAAGGAAGUACGGGGGCCUGUGUGCAUAGAGUUUGCAUGGGUUCCUUUAUCAUGCAAGGGACAGUGUGCAAAGUGUAAACCUCUGGGUUUUUCAUAACUUUGAAACUUAUUUCAUGCAGGUCUUUCUGGUUCACAACUGAGUUCAAGGGUCUUCAUUCCUAAUUGUUGUAUUCAUGAGAGGCAGGCAGUGUUGAUGUACAUUAUCCUGUCAUUAGGGAGUGCAUGUGAAACUUACUGACUACUCUAUGGCUCAGUUAUGUCCUGAAUGCAAGGCAGGCCUGGACUGGCAAUCUGUGGGUUCUGGCAAAUGCCAGAGGGGCUGCUAUAAGGUGCCAUGAAAAGUCACUAUUUAGUGGGCUGGUGGGGGCUGUUUGGGCCUCUGUGUAUCUGUAAUGCCAUUGCCUAUUUUAAUUCUCAGUCCAGCCCUGAUGCAAGUGCAUCCCCGAUCUCUUCCUCUUUGCUAUUGCAUAGGUGGGAAAUACCCUACUAAUUAUGUGAACUGCUACA